UAUCUUUCCAGAAUCACUCUUCCUUUGAUUCAAAGCUCCACCAAGGGCAGUGUUCCUCAGGUUCCCUUCUCAAGUUUCUGUCCAAGUCAGGGCUGGAGAGUUCUUAGCUCCCUUAAAGGCCAGAUGGUUUUCUACUUCUCCUGAACUCCACCACCCUCACCUGGAAGUAACUCCCAUAGGAUCCCUGCCUCUUUGUGAGAAAAUCCAGGAACCUGGGACUAAGGCUCCCAUCUCAGGGAAGGUGGAAGGGAUAGGCAGGUAAUAGAAAAGAAAGCAGCCCUCCCCUCUGCGGGAGCAUCCGCCGACUGGCCCCUUCAGCACCAGGAACCCGUGGGAGAAAGGAAAGUGCUGGGAAAGGAAGUAUGCGGAAGACCUGGGGAGAAGGUUGUCUGUCUCCAGAUCCCUUGGCUUUCUUCAGAGAGAUAAGACGUAAUGAAAGGUAAAUGGGGGCGGGAAAAGUUCUGAAAGCACCAGCCCGACGACUGAAAGGGAGGCGCUAGGCGCCUCCCUCUCAGCUCUCGGCGGGCACUUCUGACCACUGGGGUAGGUGGUCCCCCUCCAGCCAAUCAGAAAGGUGCCUGGCGUUCCCUGGCGACCCUUCACGCCUACCAGUUGGUGAAUAGCGCUAGGAGGCGGGACGAUGAGAGCACGAGCUUCCCCGGCCAAUCGCCGCACUCCCAGGGAGGUAGGGGUGGUGCUUCUGGAAACUGGAGGCGGGGCUGUUUCCUUGGCAACGAUCCUAGCCCUCCAGGAGCCGGUAGGGUGGAGAUUAGGAGGAGCAGAGAGGGGAGGGGGACAGGAGGAGUCGGGGUGGGCGCGCCGGUGCGGAGGAGUAGAGUUCGGGGUGGCAGGGUGGGAGUCCCUGGCUCAGGAGCUCAAGGCGGGGGGUCGGUCCGGGUUCCCGAGGCACGGCCGGAGCUGACCCCCAGGCCCAGGAGGGGAAGGGAGCUAGACACCGCCCCCGCUGGCGCCGGGAAGCGUCGCUCCUUCUCGCUGACCUUGGUCUCGAUUGUCGCCUCGCCCUUGGCCACAGGCACUGACGGACGCAGGGCCCGGGUGACGGAUAGAUAGGCUCCUGGAGGAUGGAGACCUAGGACAUAGCACACAAACUACCCCAGCCUUUUCUGCCGGCUCCAGGGCGCCCCGUCCUCCCCCACCUGAACGCCGGGGCCAUCCAGCCCAGGGUUAAUGCCAACGAGUUUCCACCUCCAGCCGCUCCUAGAGAGGCCGUGGCGCUAGCCAGCGGGGGAAACUGGCCGCGGACGGACACUUCCUGUGCGGGGGGAGGAGGGGGUCGGAUAGCCGCAGCCCAGCCCGGGCUGGGGGGCCAGACGGCGGGGUCGCGGUCGGGGAGCGGCAUCCGGGGGCGGCAGGGCGAGUCGUGAAGACCCUCACCUCCGAGGCCACGACGCACGGGACCUUGGAGGGCCCCAGGGCAAGGCGAGACCUUGUGGGUGGGGGCGGGGCCGUGGGUAGGGGAGGGGCCCAGCCGGCCGGAGAGGCCCAGGGUCAAGACGUCCGGCCUCAGGGGCCCGGGCUGGGCAGCCGGGUCCCCUGGGCGGCGCUGAGCAGGCGGGAGGCGAGGGCCCGGGUCUCAGGGCACUCAGGCCUGGUCGCAGGAUCGUCCGCCAUCGCCGCCGCCGCCGCACUGGGAGCCGGCGGGGAUGGAACGGGAGGCGUCGCCGUGGGGCCUCGAGCCCGGGGAUGUGCAAAGUCCUGACGAACUGGGGAGCCCCGAAGGGUCCCUCAAAGGCAACAUGAGUGAGAAUGAGGAAGAAGAAAUGUCUCAACAAGAAGGCACUGGGGACUAUGAGGUCGAAGAGAUACCCUUUGGGUUGGAUCCCCAGAGCCCUGGGUUUGAGCCACAAAGCCCCGGGUUUGAAUCCCAAAGCCCCAGGUUUGAGCCGGAAAGCCCAGGGUUUGAAUCCCGAAGCCCUGGGUUUGUGCCCCCAAGCCCUGAAUUUGCACCCAGAAGUCCUGACUCAGAUUCUCAGAGCCCUGAGUUUGAACCCCAAAGUCCUAGGUAUGAGCCCCAAAGCCCUGGCUAUGAACCCAGGAGCCCUGGUUAUGAACCCAAGAGCCCUGGUUAUGAACCCAAAAGCCCUGGGUAUGAACCCCGGAGCCCUGGGUAUGAAUCCCAGAGCCCAGGAUAUGAUCCCCAGAAUUCUGAGUUCAAAACCCAAAGCCCUGAAUUUGAAGCUCAAAGUUCCAAAUUUGAGGAAGGUGCAGAGAUGCUUCUGAAUCCUGAAGAAAAGAGUCCUUUGAGCAUCCCCUUGGGAGUCCACCCCUUGGACUCCUUCACCCAGGGGUUUGGGGAGCAGCCCACGGGGGGUCUGCCCCUAGGGCCACCUUUUGAGAUGCCCACAGGGACCCUGCUGGCUACACCCCAGUUUGAGAUGCUCCAAAAUCCCCUGGGCCUGACAGGGGCCCUUCGGGGUCCAGGUCGGCGGGGUGGCCGGGCCAGGGGUGGGCAGGGCCCUCGGCCUAAUAUCUGUGGCAUCUGUGGGAAGAGCUUCGGGCGGGGCUCCACCCUGAUCCAGCACCAGCGCAUCCAUACGGGUGAGAAGCCCUAUAAAUGUGAGGUCUGUAGCAAGGCCUUCUCCCAGAGCUCUGACCUCAUCAAACACCAGCGCACCCACACGGGCGAGCGGCCCUACAAGUGUCCUCGUUGUGGCAAGGCCUUCGCCGACAGCUCUUACCUGCUUCGCCACCAGCGCACCCACUCUGGUCAGAAGCCCUACAAGUGCCCGCACUGUGGCAAGGCCUUUGGUGACAGCUCCUACCUCCUGCGGCACCAGCGCACCCACAGCCACGAGCGGCCCUACAGCUGCCCCGAGUGCGGCAAGUGCUACAGCCAGAACUCUUCCCUCCGUAGUCACCAGAGGGUGCACACCGGGCAGAGGCCCUUCAGCUGUGGCAUCUGUGGCAAGAGCUUCUCGCAGCGCUCGGCACUUAUCCCCCAUGCCCGCAGCCACGCCCGUGAGAAGCCCUUCAAGUGCCCUGAGUGCGGCAAGCGCUUUGGCCAGAGCUCUGUGCUGGCCAUCCAUGCCCGCACCCACCUGCCAGGCCGCACCUACAGCUGCCCCGACUGUGGCAAGACCUUCAACCGCUCCUCCACGCUGAUUCAGCACCAGCGCUCCCACACAGGCGAGCGGCCCUACCGGUGCGCUGUGUGCGGCAAGGGCUUCUGCCGCUCCUCCACACUGCUGCAGCACCACCGGGUGCACAGCGGGGAGCGGCCCUACAAGUGCGAUGACUGUGGAAAAGCCUUCUCACAGAGCUCCGACCUCAUCCGCCACCAGCGGACCCACGCAGCCGGCCGGCGCUGACCUGGGGCCCUGCCAGGGGUGGGGAGGUGAUGGGCAGGAGAAACGGGCCAGGGAGCUGAGAAACCUUUAGAGGGAAUAGUGGAAAAGCUGGGGGAGGAUGGAAGAGUUGAGGGCCAGGGUGGAGGAAGUUACGUGCCCUGGAGACUUCUGGGAAAUGGGCUAUGAGGGGUUGGAGAGAGGCCAAGCAGGCAGUGGGAGGCUCUGGGAGAGAUCCAGAAAAGAGGUCAGUGGAGAGCUGGCCUCAGCAGUAGCAUGCCCCUUGGUGGGUGCCUGGCUUGGCAAAGCUCUA